AUGUCAUCCUAUCGCCCAAACUACGGUCACCAACCGGCCUCGUACCACAAUCUCCCUCCACCUCCUCCACCACGCGACAUGCCUCCUCUUCCCCCCCGCCCAUCCCCGCCAUACGACUCAUACCGCAACAAUGAUUGGAGGCCUCAGGGCUUCAACACAUACCCACAGACGGGGUUUACGUUUCGGAACAAUGAUGGUGCGCCCCAGUAUCCCCGGGAGUCAGACUACAACAGAAACAAUGGGCCCAGACCAUAUGCAAUGCAGGAAAACAGGCGGCCGAGACCGAGAGAUCAACAUAGGGAUAAUAGGAAUCUAAACCGCCCUCGAGGAGGUCACAACUUCCAUCGUGGACGUGGCAAUUACGGCAAUUACGUCGCUCCAUCUGAUCGCCCAUUGCUUCGACAACGCAAUGAGACAGGCUCGGAAGAAUUACUUGGCAUGACAGAGGAGCAAGCUAGCAUCAGGAGAUAUAUGCCUGCAGAGGAUAUCUCUGACAGCGAUGAUGAGCCCAUGGACGAGUCUGACUCAGACGCAGACAACGCAGAGCAUAACGGCGACGGAUCAGUUGAACCGCCAAAAAAGCGCAGAACUGUUGGCUCGGGCAUGCGUCACGGCACUGAUGGAGACAGUGAGCCCAAGUGGUCAAACCCAGAUCCAUACACCGUUCUGCCUCCAGUCGAUGAAGAGGCGCGCAAAAGAAAAGACGUUGUGAAGCUUAUACGCAAAUCCGACCUCCAUACCGGUGCAAAGGCAUCACAACAUAAUCAAGUGGCUGCUAAUGACGACUUCAUCUCUUUCGGGUUUGAAGAUGAUAAAAUUUCGAUUCGCGAUGAGGUGCCUCCGAGCCCAAGCCCUGUUGACCAAGAUGAUUACGGCAUUGGUGUGCCUGGAGCACCAUCAGGACCUCGUCAGCAGUUCAGUCAUCUUGAAAACCUUCACGGCCAAGCCUCGGAAGAUGCUCCCGGGACCCAUAGCAAAGCCGAGACCGCCAGCAGCCUGGGUCCGCCGCCUACCUUUUUUGAGACUGGCCCCCUCGUCUCAGAGGAAAUUAGUCUUGAUACACAGCUGUCACGCGGGACCAUAUCGCUAGAACAUCCAAAGGGAGGCAAUUCAUCUGCCUCCCUCCCAUACGAUGACGGUGCAUUGGGGAAUCGCAAGAGGACCCAUAACGACGAGAUCAAGGGUGAAAAGAUUCGACCUCGUAAGAAGGCUGGUUUCGGACAAGCAAAUGGGUCCGUUCUCUCCGAGUGGGUGCCAGGCCAAGACACGGAUCCACUUCCUUGGCUCCGUCGAUCGGACACAAUAACAGCAAAUGCAGGUUUCAGGCUCCACAAGGAAAUCUGCGACUUCUACGAAUUCGUUCGGCCUCGAAAAUUCGAGCAAAUUGUUCGCCAGGAAUUAUUGACCCGCCUACAAAAUGUCGUCAGCAGCCAGAUUCCCAAUUGCAAUGUUCACUCCUUCGGGUCCUUUGCCGCUGGCUUAUACCUCCCUAAUGCCGACAUGGAUGUUGUCGUGAUUUCCAAUAGCUUUCGAUCCUCGGGACAGAAGGUUGUUUGCCAGACCAAAAAACAAUUGUUUCGCUUCGGUGAUUUCAUCAAGUCUUCCGAUAUAGCUCAGCAAGGCAGUGUGGAAGUCAUCGUUGGCGCCAAGGUACCAUUGGUCAAAUUCGUCGAUCAGAUUACUAUGAUCAAGGUAGAUGUGUCCUUUGAGAAUAACACCGGAGUCAUAGCCAAUGAUACAUUCGCCCUCUGGAAGAAGCAAUUCCCAGCGAUGCCACUACUUGUUAUGAUCAUCAAGCAAUUUUUGAUGAUGCGAGGUAUGAACGAAGUGCAGCACGGUGGCCUCGGUGGCUUUUCUGUGACGUGUUUGGUGACAAGCCUUCUGCAGAACAUGCCUCGCGUACAGAGCGGAGAGCUGAUUCCCGAGCAAAACCUGGGGGAGAUCCUGAUCGAGUUCCUAGAUUUCUAUGGCAACCAACUUGAUACUACGCGCACGGGCAUUAAAAUGGAUCCGCCUGGAUACUUCGACAAGAUCGCCUAUCAGCGUCCUAACCUCCGAGGCUCUGUGUAUCAUGCAAACAAAGCUGAUCGUCUUGCCAUUAUUGACCCGAACAAGCCUGACAAUGACAUCUCAGGUGGCUCCAAGAAUGUAAUGCAGAUAUUUCAUCGUUUCGCCCAGGCGCACCUUGAAAUACUGGAAGCAAUGAAAACUCCUAACCGUCCAAGUCUCCUCGAUUGGUCGCUUGGAGGUGAUUACGAGUCUUUUGUGUGGCAGCGAGACCAUCUGCGACGCUUGUAUAGGCUGCGAUGGGGAACCCCAGAAAAAGACGUUGUAGACAUGUCCGAUGAUCAUAUCGGAGCAGACGUGCAAUGGUAUGGCAACGUUUGGCCAUCGAGUGGGAUGCAAGGCACCGCAACCGCAAACAUGCACAAUACUGGAGAUGCGACGUCGAUAAGCAGUGUCGUAGCCGAACCUCCCCAUUCCGAUCACCCCUCCAAUGCAAAAUCAAGAAAAAAGGCUAAACACACAGGUUCAACUCCAACCUCGAAGAAAGCUGCAAAUGUCUCUACCUCGACGCCAGCAGAUGUGAAGGAUUUUAGAAAGGAACAAAGCAGCGCGGCCAGAGCUACUGCUUUGCGAAAGAAGUUCCCAACUAUGCAGAAUAUACCUAACAGCAUAACUCCAGGUCUGAGGAAGAAGCUCAUUCUCCGUCACACGCAGAGUGCAACCAAUCACUCAGCCACCAAGGAAGGACCCAAAGAUGCGAGUUCAGUACCUACCACCCAAGCUGCGAAGAGCAUCAAGGCCACGAACGAUGAAAAGCAGAGGAACAGGGCCGCCCUACUCAAGCAACAAUAUCCUGAUAUGGAAGGAAUUCCCCCUAAGAUUGGCAAGGGAACUAAAAGGAAAUUGGUCGCACAGUACAGUGCAAGAACAUCGGCAUUGGCGUCUGCAGCGACGAUGCCCACAUCUUCUGGUACAGCAAAAAGAAAUGGUCCUCGUUUGAACGACCUGCCGACACGACCUGUGCCUCUUGCCUCGACCUCAGCAACCUUCGACCCGAGGCCUCAGAGGCCGACAUCGUACAAAAUGGCACCAUUGACGGAGGAGAGACGCGCAGAGGUUGCCCGCAACCUCGCAGCCGGUUCCAAUAACGACCCCGUCAUGAUUGACUGA